AUGCGAGCAUAUGAUGCCACAAAGGAGUUUGAAGAAGGAUCGGAUAACACACAGAGCCCUAUUUCCAUAAGCUCAAAUGUUGUGAUGAUGUUAUCAUUCCUUUGCCUGAGAUCUCCAAGCCUAGCUACAAAAGCGCUAACACCAAAUAUCUUAUGCAAGGAAGGGAAUCCACACUGUUUGCCAGCUGGUGCCACUGCUACAGUGGCAAUGGUUUACUUGAUAACAAUGAUGUCGAUCAUCGUUAUUUGUGCUACAUCCAAGCUAGCCAGAAAAGCCAAACGUUCAAUGGUUAGUGGGCGAAAGUGUAGUCAACCAAGUUGUUCAACCAUUCCAGCAAACGCUUUCGAACUAGCUCCUCUUCCUGGUUUAUCAGCAGUUCUAAUCUGCACCGUAAUUUACGCCGUAAGUACAAGCGCACAGGGAUGCCAGCAUGGUUACAUGCGACACAACACACAUUUAGUCUGCAAUGGAAAAAUCGGUGCCGUUACGAAUACGACAGAGUUGUACUUCAACAGGCUUCAGUCAGAGCUAUGCAUUGAAAUUUUUACGGAAAUAGGACAGUGGGCACAGCCAAAUUUGUCGAAAAAGUGGAAUUCAAAUGUGCUAAAGUCACUUCACAAGAAUGACAAGAAGAUGCCCACGAUUCCCGGAUCCAGUCUCCAAAACAGCACAGGCGACAAAGCUAAACCUGUUCUCGAUUCUCACGAGAUUCUGUCACGUCGUCUGGCCAUUCUUUGCCUCCGCAAUCUGCGCCAAAAACCCAUCAGUAUCAUCAACUGCUACUCACCAACAGCAGCUGAUGAGUCCGAAUUGCACGCGUUUUACGAGCUGGAGGAAGUGAUCCGCAACGAGAAGUCCUUCUACAAAUUCGUUGUCGGAGACUUCAACGCAAAACUAGGAAAGGCCACAGAAGAGGAAUACAGGAUAGGAAGAUUUGGACUAGGGAACUGGAAUAAAAUGGCAAUCGUCUCGCCGAGCUGUUGUCCGCCGCUCGCCUCUUUCAUGGGAACUCUCUUUGCAUGA